AGUCGGAUAUGGUUGAUUGACACUUCGUGUCAGCCAAUUAGAAUCCAAUUGAUCUAGCGUAAGCCAAUGGAAACAAACGAUACAUCCAAAAGCCCACCUCCACACCACGGUGCACUGAAUUUUCACAGGACACUGGACAGGAGUUGCAGAGUUGUCUUAAGGGAAGCACCAUGGUUCAAGCCAAGACCUGGAUCCUGAAGCAGCACUUUGAGGGAUUUCCUAAAAACAGUGACUUUGAGCUGAAGCUGGAGCAGCUGCCUGAGCUCAAAGAUGGAGAAGUUCUUCUGGAAGCAGUGUUCCUAAGUGUGGAUCCCUACAUGCGACCUUAUAGUCGUGCGCGAAUGCAGCCAGGUGAUGUGAUGAUUGGAACUCAGGUGGCCAAAGUAAUUCAGAGUAAAAACCCAGCUUUUCCUGAGGGCAGUCAUGUGGUUGGUCGAUGCGGAUGGAGGACACACACUGUAUCAGAUGGAACCGGUUUAAUCCGGGUACUGAGCGACUGGCCUAAGGAUGUUUCUCUUUCUCUUGCACUCGGGGGCAUCGGCAUGCCAGGGCUGACUGCACUGUAUGGUUUAGAAGAGGUUUUGGCCAUCAAACCGGGGGAGACGCUCCUGGUGAACGCGGCGGCUGGUGCUGUGGGGAGUGUCGUGGGUCAGAUCGCUAAACUGAAAGGCUGUAAAGUGGUGGGUUCAGCUGGGAGCGAUGCUAAAGUGGCCUUUCUAAAAGAGCUCGGGUUUGACCAUGCCUUCAACUACAAAACUGUGCCAUCUCUGGAGGAAGGUCUAAAACAGGCCUCACCAGAGGGAUAUGAGUGCUACUUUGAGAAUGUUGGUGGACAGUUCUCCACUGUCGCACUCUCACAGAUGAAGCCGUUUGGGAGGAUCGCAGUUUGUGGAGGAAUUUCUCUUUACAAUGAUAAAGAACCUCAAAUAGGUCCUUAUCCAUACCUGCAUAUGAUCUUUAAGGAGUUGCGUAUGGAGGGCUUCCUGGUGGGGAGAUGGGAGCAUAAAAAUGACGAGUCUCUGAGAAGGCUGAUGACUUGGCUGCAGGAGGGAAAGCUGAAGUGUAGAGAGCAUGUGACUGUUGGGUUUGAGAACAUGCCAGCUGCCUUCAUGGGGAUGCUGCAGGGAGAAAACAUGGGGAAAGCAAUUGUUAAAGUCUGAAGACUUUUCUUGCAAAACUCUGAGAAUGUAAAAAAAAAUUAUUUGGCUUGUUUAUAGUGAGAAUGAGAUGAUUCAACUGUUUAUUGGAAAGCAGCAGAUGUUUUAUUGAAACUAACUCCUGCAAUGUAAUGCAAAUCUGCUUCUGAUUACAAUUAAAACAUAUUUACAUUUA